AUGGUAGGCUGCUUAAUGUUAACUCUUGCCACAGGACUCGAACCAUACAGCAGUCUGAAAACACCAUUCUUAUUUAUCAAUGCCCUUAAAAACGAAAUUCCUCCUACUGAAAUCGAUAAAAUAGAUGAUCCUCUCUUACAGAGCUUAGUUCGUAGCUGCUUCCAGCCAUCAACUAAGAGACCAACAGCACGCGAGCUCUUAGAGCAUCCUUUCUUCCAUCAACAGUUCCCUGAUAACUUGCCUUUGCAACAAGAUCCUACUUUUGAAGUUCUUUUGUGA